ACAUUUCAGUACUUUUCGAGAUUUCCAAGUGAUUAAACGUGUGCACACAAUCAAAUCACCAACCAGACGACGACCAGCAGCGAUCAGUCCAAUACUGAGCUAAGGCAAAACAGACCAAAUAAAUAUAGAUUUAAAAAAUAUUAUUUUUUGUGCGAAACCGGUGGAAAUUAGAAAAUAUUUUCCAAUAAAAGUGCGACGAAGUAGUGAAUUUCAGUACAUGCAUGUUUGUGUAUUGCGAACAUUUUGACAAUGCCUGUGUGUGGCGAUUUUAGAUUUUCAUAAUUCAGUGGAACUUCUCGACCUACAACAACCUCAGUGCGAUUUAUUCUUUCCAAAAGCAAAUAAAAGACCUCUUAACAGAACUAAACUCUUCUUUUAAUAAAAACACAAAAAAAAUUAUAAAGUACAAAGUGAAAAAAAACUUGAAUUGUGACAUUGUGAUUUUCGCAGACGUGUGUUGUGCUGGUGGUGUCUCGGAGUGUCAACGCUUUGGCACACGCGGUCUCACACUUUCGCCGCGUUGGCCACUUCCCGUCCACGCCGCUGAAUCAUCCGUCUAAAUUCUGCCUGUGUGCGCAGCGCAUUUUCGCAGAAAUAUUUAUUGAAAUCGCAAAUUAUAAUUUGAAAAUCAGUUCAAAUAAUUUCCGACAUAUUUUGUCUCCAUUAUACAGAACAAUACGAAUCUCAAAAGCAAAGCUAAAAUGACGAAGGAACAAGCAACCGCAAUACCCGAGGAGCUGUACAAUCUCACACAGUUGGCUGAGGUCACUCUGGCUGCCGGGAGACUUAGCACAACAAACAUUACAGAAAUUAAAGACUACAUAAAACGUCACAAGACUUUGGAAUAUCUCGCUGAUGAGACAAAUAUCCCAUCCCCUGCAAUAGACGUACAAAUGUCAGACCCCUGCUAUAGACGUACAAAUGUAACAAAACCUGAAUCCACUAAUGGCUUGUGGCACAAAAGCCAGGAGUUGAGCGCCAAAAAUGUUCCUUACGGCAACACAGAAUUUCAAAAUAACCAAACGGACCUUCGUAAUUGCAACACCUCAUUAACGGUGCCGCGUACAGCGUUCUACUCUUCCUCCGAUGACGAUUCCAACUACUACAGCCACAAGGUAUUUGAUCGAAAAAAGUUGCGUCGUUCCACAAUUUCCGAUCAUUCACGUUACGAUGAGCACUCAUGCAGCAGCUUACCUAGCUGUAGUAGCGACGAACAUUUCAUGGGCUCUUCAAGUAAUUCGAGCAAUUCAGAGGGCAGCAAGCUGAGCGAUGGCACUGAGGGCAGUAGCCAUGGUGCUAAUUUGCUCGACGACGAACACAUAUGUCCAGAAUGCGGCAAGAAGUACUCGACAUCGUCCAAUUUAGCUAGGCAUCGACAAACUCACAGGUCAAUAAUGGACAAGAAGGCGCGACGAUGUCCGUACUGCGAGAAAGUCUACGUCUCAAUGCCCGCCUUCAGCAUGCAUGUGCGUACACACAACCAGGGUUGCGAAUGCCAAUACUGUGGUAAAUGCUUCUCUCGACCCUGGUUGUUGCAAGGUCACAUACGAACACAUACCGGCGAGAAACCCUUCAAGUGCAGUGUUUGCAACAAAGCCUUCGCGGAUAAAUCGAAUCUGCGCGCUCACAUACAAACCCAUUCAAACACGAAGCCACAUACCUGUGCUCGUUGUGGUAAGGCGUUUGCACUGAAGUCGUAUCUGUACAAGCACGAAGAGUCCUCGUGUAUGAAAAACCACCAACGCAAUGGCGAACGCGGUGAGACACGCCCAGUCAGAAACUUAACAAAUUCAACGAACGCCGCAACUGCCAAAAGCGUGACCACCUCGUUGACGGACUCUGCCAAGUCCACGCUGGCCACAAAACUGUUGCAGAAAGAGAAGGAUCGACGUCAGGCCGGUACACUUGCCUAUGGCGAAAUUUUGCCGGAGUCAAUGCAUAAGCCACUUGAAAUCACCACCAUUUUGACACUAACCGAUAACACUAACUGCACAACGAAGACGAAUGUGACGCAAGAGAAGUCAUACACAAUGCUCACAAGCCCUAUGUCCCAGGAAGAGUAUGAGCAUUUCAAGCGCAUCAGUGUCAUACAGACGGCAACGCCAAGUGAUAUUAUCUACCGCGACCAUACAAUUGGACCCAUCGGCAUUGGUAAUGCGGCAACGCACAUCCCACUGCAAUAUUGUAACACGGCAAAUGGUGAUCCACAGCAGGUACAAGAUCAGCCGGUUGACUUUUCGCCAAAAAAUAAUUUUACACAUUCGACAAAGACCAGCCCUUUUGAAUUGACCAGUAAUUAUGCAAUCUUGGCUUAAAGCAGGGCAUGUAAACGUUGAAAAUAGUUCAAAAAGACAAUGAAAAUUUUGAAAAAGUUAGACUGUUGGUAUGUUUGAAAACACCGAAGCUGCGCUAUAAUUAUGGCAAGAUUCGGGUUAAUAAAAAAUUUACAUAGAAAAGACGUGAAUGUUUCGGAUUGAUUUUGAUCAAAAAAGUAAAUUUCGAGUUUUAUGGAAUACUAUAGCUCGCAGUCAAAUACUAGCAAAGUUCUAAGCAAAUUAAGACCAUCACUCAGUGAUCUGCGGGCAUGUAGAAAAAAUUGGUAUACUGAAGUAAUUUUAUACCACCACUAAUAGACUUCUUUAGCGGUGCAGAGAAGUCCGUACCUUCCCUACAGCUAUGAUAAAAGUGACUUUUAGUUUUGACGUUAGUUUCAGACUUGUUCUUUUGUCAACUUUCCGCGACAAUUUAUCAGUUCAAAAUUUCCUUGCCCUAUUAACCGUUAUUUAUAAUAUAUUUUGCUUAGAAGUUUGGAAGCAUUUGAAGUGGCGAGACUUAUUGGACCAAACGCAAAGUGAAUAAAAAUGAUUUAAAUGAAAACAAUUUUACACUGGUAGUUUAGUAGAAAACUGAUUGUGAUAAUUAUAAAAAGAUUAGACUUAGUUGAUUACAAACUAUGCCAUAAGUAAAAAGUUAAUAAGCAAAGCUAUGCGAUAAUCGCCUUGGAUUGGCAGAAAUUGUAAUACAAAUUUCUGAAAAUAUUUGAAAUCAUAAAUAUAUUAUGUUAUUUAAAAAUUAUUGUCAAAUUUGGAAUAAAUAUGUAUAUAUACUAAGCUGCUACAUAUACAAUUUAGAAAUAUUUGAACAAAUGUAUGGGCUAGUUUUAUGAUAAGAUUAACAACCCAGUGAAUCUAAUAAUGAAUUUACCAUUGAAAAAUGCUCAUCUAUUUCAAAGAAAAAUAAAUUGGAAACCAAAUUUUCUUACACAGCAACUAAAAAUUGCACAAAGCAUUAACGUUUGAAACAUAUUUACUGCUUAGCAAAUUAAAAUACGCAAGGUACUCAAAUAUUAUAUAUUCGUACAACAAGAAAAAAAAAACAAUAAAAAAUCCCACACUCUAACCUAAAAACGCUUCUAAAUAUCUCACGAAGGCUAAAGAGCGAAUACAACCCUGUGCUACAAUGUUGCUACUACAGGUUGUUAAUUCUUGUUGUAAAUUUUUGAAUGCUCUUUGGCAUUGCACAUUCUUCCCCGAAUAAAAUAGUGAUUUAGUUUUAAAGGGAACUAAUUUUUUUACUUUUGAAUAAGUAAUAUUCACAUGCGAUUUUUGAAAGAUUUUUUAAGCAACAGUACAGUAUUUCAUGCAACGUACACGUUGAGGUAGCUUUCCAUGAAUAUUUAUUCGUUCAAAAAAAACCAAAAAAAAAAAUUAAUUAAUUAAUGAAUCUUAGAAGUAGACACACACACAAUGAUCUUAAUUAUAUAUAGAUAAUCGUACUUGUAAACAUUUUAGACAGCUUUUUGCACCAAAUCUAUUUUUUAUUAAUUAUGUAUGCUAGUAUAAAAUGUUAUUAUUAAUUGUUUAAUUAACUGUAUAUGAUUGCGAUGGCACCACGUACAUUAAUUAUCUCAUUUUGUAAGUAUUUAUGAGUUUCUAAAAUUGUAUAUUUGUAUUCACACUGAAACGGACGAGAUGGUCUAGUCUUUAAUUUUAAAAGUUGAACUCUGCUAAGUUUCAAACAAAACUGUAAAAAUCACUCUUAAACUUAGCUUUUUGUUUUACUUUCUUUUUUUUUUAAUAAAAUAGUAUUGAUUUAUCUUUAGUUUUAGGCCGUAUUAUGUGCAAUAUUAAAACAUAGAAAAUAAAUAAAAAUGUAGAAA